UUGUUUGUUUUAUUUUAAAGGGAUAUCGUGCUUUUCACGGUGUGGCUACUCCCCAAAGUUGUGAAACUGCUUUAUCAUAUUAUAGGAAAGUGGCCAGUAAAGUUGCUAAGGAUGCUUCCAUAUUUGGAGGAUCACACACUAUCAGUAAAAUAAGACUGAUAGAGGAAGAUGAAGAAUCUAGUGUGUUCGCUGGUAUCACAGAUGAUGAGGUCGACCAUUAUAAGGACGUGUUUGCUGACAGUGGAGCACAGCUAUCCCUUGGACUUUAUUACUUAUUUGGGCUAGGCGGAGUUGAAAGAAAUUUACCACUAGCACUUGAUCUGUUGCAAAGAGCUGAUUCCCCAGCUGCCUACGGACUCAUUGGGAGGAUCUACGCUGAGGGGAGCCCACCUGAGAUACCUCAGAGUAACGAGACGGCCAUUAGGUAUUUUAAAAAAGCUAUUGAACAUAAAACAGCCGAAGGCUACACUGGACUGGGUAUUAUGUACUUCUAUGGCCUAGGGGUUAAAAAAGAUUAUACUCAUGCAAUGGAGUUGUUCCAAACAGCUGUUGAUAAAGGAUCACCUGAGGCUCACCUCUACCUGGGGAUGGGAUACUUAUACGGGUUAGGUAAACAGGCCAAUCCAGUUCGGGGAGUGUCCAGUUUACAGAUAUCGUCAUCUCAAGGAGGUCAUAUAUUAGCCCAGUUUCAUUUAGCUGAGGCAUUAACUAAAGGAUUGACAGGAAGAAAGAACUGUAACCAGGCAGUUGAAUUGUAUAAAUCUGUUUCAGAGAGGGGGAAGUGGGCGUGGCUACACAGGGAAGCAUAUCGUUUAUACACAACAGGAGACGCUGACUCAGCAUUAUUGAUGUAUUUACAUUUGGGAGAACUGGGUAUUGAAGUGGCGCAAUGUAACGCUGGGUUUAUACUGGAGGAAGAUGAAACUAGUGUAAUGUUGAAUAAAACUGAAAUUUUAAAGAGAGCACUAGUAAUGUGGAGCAGAUCAGCAACACAAGGUUACAGUGCUGCUCGUGUGAAAUUGGGUGAUUAUUAUUAUUACGGGUAUGGGACAGAGACGGACCAUGUACUAGCAGCUGAACAAUAUCGACUAGCAUCAGACCGUAUGAGUAACGCACAAGCCAUGUUUAAUCUGGGCUACAUGUAUGAAAACGGUAUUGGGUUACAAAAGGACUAUCACUUGGCAAAGAGAUAUUAUGAUUUGUCGUAUCAGUCCAGCCCUGAGGCAGCUGUUCCUGUCAAUAUUGCACUCCUUAAACUCAACGCUUUAUUCUAUUAUGACACCAUAUUA